AUGGCCGAUGCACCUAACGUCAAAACCUCAAUAGAGAAUAUUUACUCAAAUAACGAUUAACACAUUUAUUUUUGUUUAGAACGUGUAAAGCAUUGUUUAAGUGGCUGUGUAGUGUUAGUGUUAAAGCAUCAGUUAAUAUUAAAGAAGCCGAAGUAAUUCGUGUUUACUCGAGUACUGGACGGAAUUGAUCUGUUGAUUUUUAUGCACAAUGUGAGGGGCGUGUGGGUGCGCGGCGGGUGCGGGGGGGCAUGUGGGGCGCGGCGGCGGGCUGGUGGUGCGGCGCGCUGGCGGCCGCGCUGCUGCUGCUGCUGGUCGCGCUGCGCUGCCGCCGCCCAGGGCACAAGCAGAGCCACCUCGCGUGGCCGCACCGCCCGCUGCAAGUGCAUCAGGUGCACAUUGUAAGCAGUGGCAAAGCGUAUGUGUCGCACUUGACGAUCCCGGAGCCCCGCUGCGCGCACACUGAGCUGGCCGGAGCGCCACCCGACCCCGUGGUCACGGUCCCCUCGGACCCCCCGCCGUCUACACCUCGCACCGACCCGCCACAAAUCGUCAUAGUUAAAAAUUUUAAUCAAAACACUAUAGCUCACGAAGCUGCAAGCUCUGAGUCUCGACCUCCGCCCUUACCCCGUCUAUCGGCCCCCGAGCAUUGGCUCCAUAAACGCCCCUUUGACUACAAAUAUCCCUGCAUACCCCGACCUCUCACUCAACUAGUCAAUACCGAUCUUGGGGCAGACCUGUCCCGAGAAUCGAGAGCUAAGAAAUAUAGCGCUACAAGGUCUCCGUCUUUGGAGAAAGACGAUAAAUCGCCACUUGUUAGCGCUGGGACCCAUGUUGAAGUAUUUGGUUUCGACGAUUCCUCAGUUUCUAAGAUGAGUGAUUCGGGUGAUGUACCUUCAGACAUGUCGCCUAGCAAUUUAAGAAGAUUCCGAUCGGUAAGCACUCGUCUGAAUAUGUGCAGUGUGACUGAAACACCCCAUGUCGAUGGGAUUGAGAGAGUGGAAAUGCAAAAUUCACCAAGGGUUAUAGAAUGCAGUUCGGCAAAAGAUAAAUCUUCUGCAUCAAAAUUUGACUUCUCUCCGAAAUUAUUAGCUGAUACCAUAAGUUCUCCAAGAUUUUUUACUCCACCAGAGAUGACGUCACCUGCCUUUUUCGCUGAGCCGUCUCCGAAGUCUGUAUACUAUGAUACUGUAAGGUCACCAAAAUUCUUUCCCGAAACUCCUCGCGACGCUGAGGUGCCGCAAUCACCGAGAACGUUGAGCGAUCACAUUAAUAGAACUAACGGUCUAUGCGAUAAACCAGGUUCUCCAAAAUUCCUAACCCCUAGACCUAGCCCCAAAGUACACAGUUAUAAUAAGGAAAAUUACUUUACUUUCGAGCAAGGAGCUUUAGAAGAAGGAGCGGCGAGAGCAUCGCCUCGUCCGAAAAGAUACGGUGGAAGAUAUUCCAUUGAAAGGGAAAGAUUCACUCCUCCAGCUGAUAAAGAGGUGAAAAAAUACAAACGACACAAUAGUUGCGAUACUAAUAUUAAAAAUAACGAAGAAAUAAUGCCAAAGUAUGAGAAAAAGGAAACCAACUCAAAAUUGGAAGUUGUUGAAACCGACGUAGUAGAUUGCUGUGCCAAAAUCGAUUCAAUGCAAAUUGAAAUUAAGCCCGAAAUCGAAAAGACAAACGAACUGAUGCCUGUCGAAUCGAGUUCAGCGCAGGCUAGACGACAACGACUAAAAUCUAUCUCCUUGGAUUCUGACAAUGCAAAAAUUAUAGAACAAAAUUUAGGUUUACCCAUAGCUAAACAAAUGAAGGAUCAAAUGAACGAGGCGUAUAAGAACCAAGAGACUAGUACAUCGUGUGAAAAUAUGGAAAGACAUAGUACAAAAAAUUCUGGUGAAAGGCCAGCUUUUAAAUUUGAUGUGGAACAAAAAACUAAGCCAGUCGAACAAGAGGAGCCUAAGUCCCCCGAUGUUAUUCAGAGAAAAACUUUACGACAAAGUUCAGAUACUCAGUCCUUUUUGGAUAUGCCUCGUUUUUCCCCCAAAGAAUUUGAAAUUACUGUAACGUCAGAGGAAGGAUCGACAGUACCAGCUGAGACUCAAACAAAACGCAAAGGUAAAAACUUACGAAACCUGACAAUAGAUUUGUCCAUACGAGAUACCGAUUUAGAAAAAGAGUUACUGGAAUUUGAAAAAUUGUACACCGACGCCGCAGAGAAGAAAGUUAAAACGCCUACUCUGAAAGUAAAGGCGACGUCUUUAGACUCAUCCGAGUCUGUGAAUUUAUCUUUACCGCAAAAGAAGGCGCUGGAUGUGCCACAAAAUUCAAUAUCUGUACCGAAUACUCCUAAACGACAGUUAAAACGAAUACUCGCUCAAAGAAGUGUGAAACACGACGGUUCUGGGGGCAAGAUGGGGUAUAAUUCUUUGCAAUCGAAUGCUGAACAGAGACGGCUUUAUAUGAAAGGUCAAGACAGUGGAAUUUUCUUAAGAGAUAAUCAUGCCAGUCUUAUGUUAUACCAAGCGGGACCUUCCCGAGUGGGUUCACGGACUAUGGGCUCAUUUGAAGAAAAUACUAUGGAUUUUGUAGAAAAUGCGCCAGAGAUUAAUAUAUCAGGAGCUGAGAGCCGGCCAGGGAUAUAUGUAGACUCCGGCCAAACUCUUGGUUCAAAUCUUCUAAACUAUAAACAGAAUUUAAGUGUGUCAAGUACCAAUUUGAAAACUUUACCGGAAGGCGUUCCCUCUGACGACUUCGAACCGAGCAUUGGAGAUGAAAAGUUAAUUAAAAAACUUCAUAGGAGGAAUUCGAAUCAAAGUUUAAUGCUGAGCACACACAGCUUGCAGAGUUCCAAUUGCUCACUGAGCAGCGCUGGUGCCUCCGCUCAUAACUUAGGAACUGUUCGUACGAGUUUCUCCAAUUUCAGUUUAAAUUCAGAUAGCAGACAGAAGAUAUUAUCGAUAGAUCGAAGAGAUUCUAAUACAUCUCUUGUGAACGCCGAACAUUCGAGUAUUACACCAACAACGCGCGUCAUUUGCUCGUCAAAUACGAAUCUCUCUGGUGAGGUAUCGAAGAAUUGUCUAUUGCAAAGACGUGGCUCCAACAACAGCCUAACGCUAAACAUAUGCACGACCAACAACCUCAGCAGGCAUUCCAGCAAUAGCUCUUUAAAUAAAGAAGUAAAACUCGGACAGAAGAAAGGACUCUUAGAAAGAAGAAGUUCCAACACAUCUUUGACGCUUAACAUCAACACCUCUAAUCCACAAUUAUCGAGUAAUCGAGGUCUCAGUAUUUCAAAUUACAAUCUAAAUGGAUCUACAUGCAACCUCAGUAGGUACAACAGCAAUCACAGUAUCGACAAUGCUCCGACGGAACCUCGCAAAGGUAUCUUGGAAAGACGAAGCUCUAAUACUUCGCUCACUCUGAACAUUCAACCACAAGAACCACGGGACAUAGAAAUAGACGAAACACUAAUAGAUGGCAAUCUGAAAGAUCUUCCACAUAGGGACAGGCAUAGAAAAUCUUUGAGUACAGAAAAUUUGAUUCCGAAAUCAUACAAAAAUCGAUUGAAAUUACGCACAUCCGACAAAGGUGUUGGCUUCGGUUCACACGACAACCUGUGGUCGACAUCGUACACAUCUGAUCAAGAAUACACACAGAAUCUUACAUUCGUAUGUGGCGAUCAGGAAAAUGAAAUCAUAUAUGCUUUCGGUCGUCAAGAAGAUCCUAAUUAUCAACAAGGUUUCGUCAAAAAUAUAACAACCAAGCCUCUAAGUCCUCAAACUACGUCGGAAGAUUUUAGAUUAUAUUUGGCUAAUAUGCAGCAUUUACAGAACGCUUCUAGUGUAUUGACCCGUCAGCAGCUGAAAGAUUUGAAUGAUGUAUUUCAGAACGGGUACUCUAAGGUCAAAUGCCACAGUGCCGGCGAGGGUCAGCAUUGCUGUACUGGUCGCGUAGACUGCGACAUUGCGAAGGACAACCCUCAGAUGGUUUUACCAGAACCGGUCGCGACUCAACCUUGUUCUGAGUAUCAGAAGAUGUUGUUGAGGAAUUUGCAUCAAGAAUUUUGGGAUAUGCCAACGAAUUUUCAAGAAAAACCCAUUGUUUCCGGAUCACAUCCAAAGAAUAGAUACAAAACCAUUCUACCCAAUGAACAUUCUAGAUUUAUUCUGCACGCUGAUCCCGGUACCCUCGGGGAGGGUUACAUCAAUGCCAAUUAUAUUAAGGGGCAUGAGUAUACCAAAAACAGCUACAUCGCAACACAGGGACCUCUACAGAACACCAUUUACGAUUUUUGGAUGAUGAUCCGCCAGAACAUUACAGAUUUCCUCAGCCAAAAACCAGAUAUAUCUCCCGAUGUCGCUAUUCAGAAGAUUGUAAUGCUGACAAACUUCAUAGAGAACAAUAGACAGAAAUGUGAAAAAUAUUUCCCAUUGGAAUUGAACGAGGAAUUAACGAUAACAAGCCCAGAGUUGACUGAUACGAGUUUUUUCAGCGAAACGGAACCUACGAAGAGGAGUUUUGUUAUUAAAAACAGCGGUCUAGUGAAAAAGGCCGGUUAUACUAUUCGAAAGUUAACGGUUAAAUAUUUGGAUUCUAAAAGUGUAGAGUGUGUCAGUGAUUUAACUGUGUACCAUUACUGGUUCCACAAUUGGGCGGACCAUAAGUGCCCCAAGGAUGUGAAUGCGUUAUUAAAUCUAAGCUUAGACGUAUUAAAAGACCAAAUGUAUACUUUUAGUGAAAGUGAUAACGAGAAAGACGAACAGUGCCACUGCAAUGAUAGCCCGAAGCCGGAUUCUAAGUUUGUGUUUCCUCCGCUAGAGGCCGCGAGUGUACCUUGUCCAGUUACUGUAAAAGUUUCGUCUCCCCUCGAUCUUAAUAUGGAGAAUAACUCCCCGCCUACAAUAGUACAUUGUUCUGCUGGUAUCGGUCGUACUGGUUGCCUUAUUGCUAUUCUAAAUGGUAUAAAGCAAUUGACGAACGAACAGAAAGUCGAUGUGUUAGGUAUAGUUUGCAAUAUGAGGUUGAAUAGAGGCGGCAUGGUACAGAACUCUGAACAAUAUGAGCUCAUUCAUAAAGUCUUGUGUCUGUUCGAGCAGGCGUGUUUACCAAGCUUAUAGCUAGAAUAUAUCUGUUAGAUAUUACGAAACUGAGUAACAGUUGAUUACUAUUUAAUUUAUAAUGUUAUCUAUAAUUUCGGAUUAUUCCCGACCGUCACCCCGCUCUGUCCCCACUUGAGAAUAACAUUUUUCAUCCGUCCCACCUUUUAGUCCAACUAUUACCAUUAAGGUGACGGAACGGUUAUGGAACGGUCCCUUCGCCGCAAAACGGGACGGAUGACACUUUUUAUUCUCAUCUGUCUCCACGUGGGGAUAGAGCGGGGUGACAGUUGGGAAUAAUCCAUAAUUUAUUCGUGGAAUAAUAUGUAUAUUUGUUAGAUACAUUUUUGAGUAUUUCCUAUAUAAAAGUUUAAUACUAUUAAUUUAUGAAUUAUCGACAAAUGGUAGGUUAAGGGAAUGUUUAUGAUGAUCCAUUUAUUUGUAUAAGUUCCAUUCUCGAUAGAUUUAUGAAGAUUGAUAGAAUAUAUUUACAAAUGGAUGAUUAAGUUUGAUUGAGACUCCCGUUAGUUCCUAGGUGGUCAUCUGUAUCAAAUCUAUUUUAAACAAGUUUUUUAGAUAAAUUUGGAAAACUUUAUACAAUAUCAAAAAUUUAGAUUGGUAAUAUUUUAUACUUCAUUAUCAAAAAUAUAGUAUGCUACUAAUAUCUGGGACCCUAGCACGGAAAUUUGCGAAAAUUAUUCGUAACGUAGACAAAAUGUAUUAAAUUAGUGUAGCGCCCCCAUCGGACGUAAAUUUUAAACAAAUUUUGUCGAUUACUGUACGGAUACUUUCUCGGGAAUUUUCGUGCUAGGCUUCUGAUACCAGAUUCAAAUAAAUUCUGUGAUAAAUUACAAAGCGCGAGAUAUUCUAAAUUUUCUGAUGUAUCCUAAAAAAAUUAAAUUAAGCUCACUUUUAUUUUCUUCCCUCAUUGUUAGUUCAUAUUUUUUGUAAAUAUUUUCUAUUGAUUUUUAAAUGCAUCUAAAUAUUGUAUUGUCUUUAUAGUAAAUAAUUUAUUUGCCUUUGUGGUACAUACCUUUAUUCUGAAAACAUAUAUUAAAAACCUACUUUUGUAAGCCAUAUAAAAUAGAUUUGUCUGUGGAAAUGCUAGGCGUGAAAAGAAAAAUUUAAUCUUUCCUUAUAGAUUUAUAUAAGGUUUCUAUUCAUAAUAAAUCACAUAUAAUCACUAAAUACAAUAAAAACAAGACAAUUCACGUGGCAUUUAUGAUGUCAUUAUACAUUUAUAAAGGUGUUAAUAUAUUGUUUCGCGUAUUGUAGCCGUUAAAUCUUUAUGACGCAAAGAAAAGUUAGUGACGUCCAUAUUAUCGAUAACUAAUAGUCGACAAUUUACACAUGAAAUAUUAAUUUGUGUGUGCGUUGAAUAUAAGACAGUACAACUCUUUAAAAUCUUUCAAAACUGAUUAUUAAAUUGUAUUAACUCUUGCUAUCAUCUUCACGUCAUUAUACAACCCACUAAAGGGCUAGAAGUCUACCUGGAAGCCAGUGUUGGUUGACUUAACAUGUCUGAAUUUCUGCGCGAUGUGUGCAAUUAUCUGUGUUAAUUUAAAUUAAUUUACUAACCGAACCUUUCAAAAUUAUUUGCGGUCAAAUUAUUAAUAACCAUUAACUUUCGAUAUAGUAUCGAUAAUAUUGCUUCGCCACGUCCCUAAAGAUUUGUUUACUAUACCAUCACCGCACUACCGUAAUCGUCAUGCGGUUGAUAAUUCGCGAAUAAAUACUAAUCGAAAACAAUUUCGUCUUUUGUUACUUAUUUAGAUGUUUAAUUAGAGAAGUUUGCACGCUUUUACCUGACUGAGAAGGGUAGGUAGCGUAGUAGGUUUGAUUUUUCUUAUGUAGGUACAGUUGGGAAAACUGGCGGUGUCCCACCUCGAAAGUUACAAUCGUUUGAAAAUUUAGCAACGCGACGAGGAACAGAAACCAAUAUAACGCAGCUUAGAAAUGUACGAAAAAUUACACACUGCUACCUAAUUUUGUAGAAAGAGGCGAAAUUUUUCUUUUUGCAUUGAACUAGGCAAUUUUCUAUGGAACAUCAAGGAUUUCCGCGAAUGAACGUAUGUAACUUUGUGAAGAUCUAGUUUGCUUCUAGCUUGUGAAGACACCGAUAGCCAAGUGCAGUGUCAUUUGAAUCAUUGUCACCGGAGGGUCACAGGGAAAAUAAUAUUGGUA